AUGAGUGCUUACAAAAGCUGUCCUUCUUGGUAAGAUUUAGCUUAUAAUUGAGUUUGGAAUAAGUUUUGUCAACUAAUUUUUUGCUCCAUUCACUUUAUUGUGAAAGAAACAUAGUCCAAUGUGAAUUAUGUGAUCAACGCAUAGAUCUAAAUGAAAAAGAUGACCAUAUGAUAUUACAUUAAAAAGUAUAUAUAUAAACUAUAUUAUGUCUUAGAAAGCAUGUCCAUAUUGUCAAGAAAACUAUGAAUAAAAUAUUUUAGAGAAGCAUUAGAAUAAUUGUCCAAAUAAGCCAUUAUUGUGCGUCUAUUGUGAUUUGAUGAUAAAUCAAUUAGAUAUGGUGUAACAUCAAGUCAAAUGUGGUUCUAGAACUGAAUAAUGUACUCUUUGUAAAAAGCACAUUUAAAAGAAAGGUAUAAAUAAUUAGAGGCUUUUAGAAUUUGAUAUUCAUUUAUCUAUUUGUUAAUUAUCAUCUCCACCUUCCCCUAAAAGAACAAGACUUUAAUAAAUACUUUGUGAUAGUUCAGAUGAUCAUUCAGUUUAAGAAAUCAAAUAGAAUCCUUAAAAUAAGCGUCUUCCUAAGAAAGAGCCUAAAAGUUAUGCUCUCAAAUAAAAAAAAGAACAGAAAGAUUAAAAGACACAAAUCUACAAACCUUUUUUAGAUGAUGAUGAAGAUGAAGAGCUUCAAAAGGCAUUAUAGUAAAGUUUGAAUUAAAAAUGAAUUAAUAAAGUUUGUGCAUAAGAUUUAAAGCAUUUCAUCAACAUAGGCAUCUCUCUCAUCCAAUCUAUCAUACACCAAAACCUAAAUUACAACGAAGUUUCAGUUUACCUAAAUUCUUUGUCUUUCAUCCUAUGAAGCAAUUCCAUAGUAUCCCUCAAAAAAUGAGAAGAAAAAGUUGUGAUUGUAAAGAAUGUGGGCCAAUGACUAACUUUUAAUAUAGAAAUAUGAAUGUCCCAUUCAUUCUUAAACCCUCUAGAAUCAGAAGAUAACCAUCUCUAAAAACUAAUCGAUUAUUGACUGCAUAAAAUACAAGUAUAAACAUGUACUUAUUUUAUCAAUAGAAAAACUAUUUCGCAAAUUCUCUGCUUCCAAAUAAGAUACUUUGAUUUGUACAUCCUCUUCUCAAUUAAUGCUUACCUCUCUCCGUAGAGCUUCAGCAAGAACCACUGAAAAACUUAUUGAAGAUACCCAAGUUCGCAUAUUUGAACCUCCUAAAUCUUGUAAAAGUCAUUUAUUAUAAAAUACUAACAAACCAGAAAUAACAAAGAUAACUUUAUAAAUUCCAAAAUCAUAACGAAUUAUCAAAACUCAACCUUCAGAGCACUCUAAAAUUAAACUACCUCAAACUCUUAAAAGCAUGAAGCAAAUUUACACCAGAAACUUUCUUUGUACAUACUUGACUAAAUAUAAGAAAUCUAAAACAUAAAUCAAUUUAUCAAAGUUUUGA